AUGUACUGUGGAUAUCUUUUAUGGAAGAUAUAUUUAAAACUUGACUCAGAAAAGUAUCCUUUAAAAACUUAUGGUGAUAUCGUUGGCCGUAUUUAUGGCCCUCGUGUAAGAUACGGUGUUGAUUUCCUUCAGUGUCUUCAAUUAUUAUGCAGUGUUUCUGUUAUUAUUCUUGGUAAUGGCCAAGGUUUAUCACAGAUUACAAAAGGAAAAGGCUGCUACACGGUAUUAAUUUUAGUCUGGUCCCUUGCUGGUAUGAUAAUUGGUCAAAUUAGAUCGUUGCAAAGAUUUGGUUUCUUAGCGAAUUUAGCCAUCUGGAUGAAUGUUUUCGUUAUUAUUGCAACAAUGGCUUCUGUUUCACAUUCAGCGCCAAACUAUGUAGCUGCAGCAGGAACAAUGGGUAUAAAAAAAGGGCCAGUUAUUACUAAAAUUAUCAUGAGUGGGUCUGGUUCAACCGCUUUCACAAAUCAAUUAUCUGCAUGUAUGAAUGUGGUAUACUCUUAUGGUGGUGCAAUGGUUUUUGUAGAGCUCAUGUCGGAAAUGAAACGUCCUUGGGAUUUCUGGAAAGGAAUGAUAACUGCUCAAGUAUUUAUAAGUAUUGUUUACCUCUUUUAUGGUUUAUUUGUAUAUUCUCAGCAAGGGCAAUUUGUGGUUAAUCCUGCAAAUCAGGGUAUAAGUGCAUAUACAAUACAAACAGUUGCUAACAUAGUUAAUUUGGUUUCAGCUCUUAUUGCUGCUGGACUUUAUGGGAAUGUCGGUAUCAAGGUUUUUUACCAAACAUUCUUCCAAAAGGUUUUCCACACUCCAGAUAUUACUUCUAAAAAGGGAAGAUAUAUCUGGUGUAUUGCUAUUAUUAUGUAUUGGGGAUUUGCAUUUAUUCUUGCUUCUGCAAUUCCGCAGUUUUCAGCUUUAACAAGUCUUGUGGGUGCUGUAUGCAUUUUGCAAUUCACAUAUACCUUUCCAGCAAUACUUAUCUUUGGCAUAGAUUUGCAAAUUGGUGCACUAGCAGGAGAUGGUGAAUAUGAUCCUAUAAGUAAGUCAACAAAUCGUGUGGAUUCUUGGAAGAAUGCAUCAAGGUGGAUUCGUGCGUUCAAGGCGAAAUGGCUUUUAAAUACCUGUCACAUCGUUCUUUUUCUUGCUUCAUUAGCUACAGCAAUUCUUGGUAUCUAUUCAAGUGCUGAACUUCUUAAAGAAUCGUUUGCUAGUGGGAUAACCACUUCUUUUACUUGUAAAUCUCCAGUUGCAUGA